GGUUAUGUUGUAUUGACAGUUCGUUAUGUUUACAAGCUUAGGUUCACAAAAACAGAAACAUUUAUGAUAUAACAGUCAAAAAGGCAUCACAUCACAAAAAUGGAAUUAGAUUUCUCAAAAAUAUGUCGUGUGUGUCUAAAUGAAGGCAUUAUGAUGUCAAUAUUCAAAGUAAACGUUUCAAAAAAGAUUAUGGCAUGUGCCUCAGUUCAGGUAUGGCAAAAUGAUGGCCUUCCUUCACAAAUCUGCAACAAAUGCUCAGCAAAGCUCCAUAUUUCAUUUCAAUUUAAAAAACAAUGUGAAAAAUCUGAUGCCAAGCUGCGCCAAUAUCUAUCAAACAUGGCUCAAGAAAACCUCCAACAGCAGUCUCAACAACACGUGGAGCAUCAACAGAUCCAGCAAGUGACACAGCCCCAACAAAUUAACAAACUAGAUGAAUUAGAUUUAAACCAACAGAUCAAUCAAAACAAUUGCGUGUAUAUUGAGUGUGCCCCUCUUUUAGAGAUUCAACAGGAGCAAAAAUUUGAUCCAUUGUUUGUCCCCGCCUCGCAGCCACAGCAGUCUUCUCUAACUCAAAUUAAUUACAAUGUACAGUCACAAAACCACCUACAGUUGAAUAGUUACAAUUUGCAAGGAGUGAGUCAAGUACAGGUCUACAACGGCACCUACAGUAUGCCUCUGCAACCCAUGCAGCCCCCGAAUAUACUCCACAAUCAAGUCAUAGCGCCCCAAAUGCAAAUGCAGCACCAACAGCAGUUGCCUCCACUGCAACCUGUUAUACAACAAGCAGUUCCUCAACUUAUGGAAGAAGAUAAGGACAAAGGGAAGAAAACGGGGAAAGUAAAGAGAGACAAUAAAAUGAAUGACAUUAAGCAGUGUCCUACUUGUAAUAAAGUUUUUGCAACUUCAACUAAAUUAAGUAGACAUAUGAAAACUCACUCAACUGAUAUGCCAUAUAAAUGCAAAGUUUGUAAUAAGGCGUUUUCACAUAGCGGGAAUUAUAAGAUCCAUCUAAGGAUGCAUACAGAUGAGAGGCCUUUCAGGUGCACCGUUUGUGAUAAAGGCUGUAGGCAAGCCCAGGACUUGGAAAAACAUAUGAGAACUCACACAGGAGAAAGGCCCCACAAAUGUAACCUCUGCACUCGCGCAUUCUCUACAAGCUCAAAUCUGAUAGCACACAUAAGGACACACACAGGCGAACGUCCUUAUGUUUGCUGUGUGUGUCAAAAGGCCUUUUGUCAGUCUAACGAAUUGACAAAGCAUAUGAGGACUCAUACAGGGGAGAAAUCCCAUAUUUGUGACAUUUGUCAUAAGGGUUUUAAUGGAUCAAGCACGUUAAUUGUCCACAGAAGGUCGCACACAGGUGAACGUCCGUAUGUCUGCUCUGUCUGUAAUAAAGGUUUUGCGCAAUCAAGUUGUUUGGCAGUCCAUAUGAAAAGACACAAUGGUGAAAAAAACUUCGCGUGUAAUUCGUGUGAUAAAUCAUUUGUGACAAAUGCCGACCUUAAGGAACAUUUAUUGACUCAYACAGGGGAGAAACCUUUUACGUGUAAUAUAUGUGAUAAGAAAUACUCAAGAGCCAAUGAUCUCAAUAGGCAUACAAAGACACAUACUUUUAAAGGAAUUGAGGAGAGCUAGCCUUUAUAGCUCCAUUUAUCAGUAUUUUAACUGAAGUAUUAGAAAUAUUUGGCCAAAAAUUUACUAUAGUAUUUAUGUAGAUUCUAAUGAGGUAUAGUGUACUAUGUACGAUUUACUCGUUAUUUAUGAUAAUAAAUCUAA